AGCUGUUUGCAGCAAAACCUCCCACCUUGCAAAACAACCGGGUCCAAACGGUUGUACCACAAGGAACGAUUUCAUCAGCAAACCCAACACUUUGCUCUCUCUCUCUCUCUCUGCUUACAGAAGCAGGCCCGCUCGCUGCAGGAGGAGACAGAGAGGAGAUACAGGAACCGUCUCAAGCAGAACAGUCAGGAACCUCUUCACAGGAAGCAGGCCCCCUCGCUGCUGGAGGAGACAAGGGGGAGGUAGAGCCCACAGACCCACCUCAGUCAGGAACCUCUUCACAGGCCCCUGAUACCAUCCGGAGAAGACGGUCCUUAAGAAGAAAGAGUAAAACGUCCAGUCUCAUCAUACUAAGUUCUACCCUCGAGAGAAUCCAGAGAAUAAUUCCAAAACUCGUCACAAAAGUGGUUACGCUUCGAAGGCUUGCAGCGGAGUCUGCAUCGAUUAUUCAACAAAUUCCAUACUGCGGCCGCAGAGGAACCUACUACCGCCGGAGAGCUGCCUAGCUUCUGAGAACCUGCAUCUUUCUCCUCCACGAAAUCGCCAAGAUCUCAACGCUACAGUAGAGUUAACCUUUUAAAUUGUGACCUCUGUAAACAUGGGUAGUCAGCAAAUGAGAAAUGCAUUGUAUGAAAUUGUUGAAGCUGUGAAUGAACUCCGUAAUCUCCCUGUACACCCUGCAACCGAAUUUCCCAAUCUAACCCCAAAUUCCCCCGUCAGAACUCAGGGUCCAGAUUUGGAUCUUGAACGUUUUCUAUCUGUAGAACGAUUCUUUCUCUCAACCAUACUCGCUUGAAAAUAAUUCCUUAGAAUUUCAAAAGCAAGUUACAAACGCUUUACACAAAAUCACACAAAUGGUUAAUGACCUUCAAAAUCUUCCUGUUCAGCAUGUGCCUGGUUCUUUCAAUGUAGCUCCACAUUCACCAUCCAGGUUAGAACAAGCGAUCCAUCAAUUAAACGUUUCUCUCUCUCAAACAUUUAGCCCUAAUUCUAAAAAGGCUCAGUAUGAGCAACAUGGGGGUAGUCUUGUAGAAAACGGUGAACAUAAUCCCUCAGGUUCUAUGAAUCCUGCUUCGCAAAAUCCCUCAUCCAACCAGCCUCAUCAGCCAAGCCUCAUUGCACCCGACCUCCCCACACUCAAUCGAGCAAAUCAACCGUGCACUAGUCAUGGAGAGCGAGCUGUAAACAGCUCUGAACAUACCCAAAAAAGAGAGCGUGAAUGUUUCAAUGUUACAGAAAUAAGACGUCCUUUCAACGUCAUUGCCUCGCGAGCCGGCGACGCUCCCAACCCCGCCGAAUUUUACACACAAGUGUAUCAUAUUCUCACCGAGCUGGCACAGUCAUCAGCUCGUUUGGCCUCUCGUAGCGAUAUUAUUCAGCUAGAAUUCAGCGGAGAAGGAUUUUCUCAUCACGCGGUAGUUCAAGUAAAUGAUGAACCUGGUUCAAUUCUGCCUGCAUUUCUGGAAUUUUUAGAUGACUUAACGCAGUCAAACGCGGAAUUGCCGGAUCCAAACAACUUAGUACGAGGCAUCGACAUCUAGCAUGCACCGAAUAAAGGUGAAAAGAAAAUCGGCCCUAUAUACGUUGAUGGAUACGCGGAGGUUCGAGGGGUGAAAAUCGCGUUUGAGUUCAACGGGUGUUUUUUUCACGGGUGUCCCACAUGCUUUCCACCCGACCAGACCUGUCCUCUCAGGGGCGUUUGCUUUGAAAUUUUCCACUCUGCUACCCUGGAGAAAGCCGGGUUAUUGCAAUCGCUUUACGGCGUAAAGUUAGAGGUUAUGUGGGAGCACAAUUGGAUCCUAAUGAAGGAGUCGCACCCGGGUCUCAAAAGGUUUCUACAAUGUUUUAAUGCACCGGAGCCUCUUUUCCCGCGUGAUGCCUUAUACGGCGACCGUACUUGUCCUCUCAGACUCCUGUACACGGCGGAGGAGGAGGAAUCGGUGCAUUAUGUAGAUUUCACCUCGUUGUACCCGUACGUGAAUGCAAACUGUCCCUAUCCUCUUGGCCACCCCAAAAUCAUUUGCAAAGAUUUUGACGAUCCGCGUAACUAUUUCGGGUUCAUCAGGGCAACUGUGUCUCCACCCCGCAGUCUGUUUUUUCCCGUUUUGCCGUACAAGACAUCUACCGGUAAACUCGUCUUUACUCUCUGCCGUGCUUGCGCCGAAAUGAACUACCAGGCAGGCCCAUGCAGCCACUCUGACCGAGAGAGAGCAUUGACGGGGGUAUGGGUAACCCUCAAAUUCAACAAAGCUCUGGAACUCGGUUACACCGUGGCUGAAAUCACCGAGGUUUGGCAUUUUGAGAACCAGAGCAGUUCAAUCUUUAAACCAUAUAUCCACACUUUUCUCAAGGGUAAGCAGGAAGCUUCAGGUUUUCCCGCUGAAGCUACGGAUAAGGAGAGCAGGUUAAAAUACGUGGCAGACUACAAACUGAACCAAGGCAUCCAGCUGGAUGUGGAGAAAAUUGAGGUGAAUCCUGCUAAAAGGCAAGUGGCUAAACUCUGUUUGAACAGUUUUUGGAGGAAAUUUGCACAGAGAAAUGACCUGGCUCAAACUACCAUUGUGAGAGAAUCCGAUGAGUUUUUUAACUUCCUGUUUUCAGGUAAAUACGCUGUGUGCUACUUUCACUUUCUGAACGAUGACAUGUGUAUGAUUCAAUGGAAAUACAACAAGCGAUGCAUCUCUCCGCCCAAUAAGGUGAAUAAUGUGUUUAUCGCGGCGUUCACUACGGCACACGCGCAUUUGAAACUAUUCACCUGUCUCGAACCACUUCAGGAGCGCGUUUUGUACAUUGACACAGACAGCCUGAUCUACGUGGUUAAACCGGGUCAGACCUCCCUCAAGCUGGGGAACUAUUUGGGGGAUUUAAUGGAUGAGCUGGGAGGUGAUACCAUACGGGUAUUUGUUUCAACAGGCCCCAAAAGCUACGCGUACCAGACAAAAAAACAGAAAAAAGUUGUGAUGCGAUGUAAAGGCAUCACUCAAACUCAGGAAUGCAGCGAGAGGGUGAAUUUUGACAGCGUGAAAGAGCUGGUAGAAGGUUAUCUGCAAGGGUCUACAGGGGGCGUGUUAGAAGCUCUGCAGCAUACCAUCAGGAGGGAUAAAAGAAACUUCCAGCUUCAAACUGCAUUUCAGAAAAUGUUCCGUGUGGUGUAUGACAAGAGAAGGCUUUUUCCUGACGGAACAACUCUCCCUUUUGGUUACUAAAAAGGUUAACCGGGAACAAUGUCGCUCUCCGGUGAAACACAGGAGAUUGAAUUUGACCCUAGAUUCAAAACCCCUCUUUCAUGUCUGAUAGUGGGUCCGAGUGGUUGUGGAAAAUCUUUUUUUGUUAAAAGUGUUUUGCAAAAUUGUAACCAUGUUAUGGAUGUUGUACCUGUAAAUAUAGUCUGGAUUUACACCUGUUUCCAAAGUAUGUAUUCUGAAUUGCAGAGAAUGAAUAAAAAGAUUAAAUUCAUCGAAGGACUACCUGAUUCUUUUGAUG